UUUUCUGUUUCAGGCUUUAUGGACAAGGUGAAAUGUUAUGCUUGUGGUGUGGGCUUGUUCAACUGGUCACCAGAAGUUGAUCCUCUGACACAGCACGCCAAGGCUUCACCUCAUUGCGUAUUUCUAAUUCAGACUCACGGAAAGGAAUACAUUGAACAAGCACAAAGUGAAGCAGUAUGUUGAUUCCUUGUUUAAACAUGUCUUUUCAAAGUAACUGUAUUAUUUUGUCCCUUAAUACUUAAGAGCAAUAAGACUUUUACUAGCAAGGAGUUUAAAAGAUUGUUUAUUUUAUUUUUUUGAUAAUACAGCUGAUUGCACAAGCAGAUUAUGAAGAUGCCACACAAUCUCAAGGUAAGUAAUGCUUAUACUUAUAAUAAAAUUUUAAAAUGAUGGAUAGUAUAAGGGCUUGCUUAAUAAAAUUUAAUUGGAUACGUCUCAUACAUUUCAACUUGCUUAGACAUGAAUAGGAUAAUAAAUAGUAAGAAAUGUGAGGCGAAUUAAGAAUAGCAACUGAAGACUCACACAACAUGCCUAGAUUUUGUAUCUGUCAAAUGUUAUGACCUGACAAAUUAGUUUGAAGCAAACUUUAAACUGUCAACUUUUUGCAUACUUUUCAUUAUCAAUUUAGGCAGCACACUGUUUAGCAAAAGUUGUCUUUACAACAUAAAAGCUUUGCACAUAAAACUAAGUGACAAAAAACUGAUUUAAAAUCAAUAUUUACAACGUUGAUGAAAUGUAUUAAAAAUACAUUCAAUAUAUCCACAGUUUCAUGAAUGCUAAAACGUGUGUGGGAAGCAGACACACAGUAUUUAUAUCUUUAAAGUCAAUAGUGAACAUGAAAGCUCUUAAAUACAGUUAGAUAUGUUUAAAAAUUGGCUCAGUUUUACAUACAUUAUAAGUACAUUCUUCUAAAUACUUCACAGAACAAGUUGCAGCAUCAUCUAAUGACUCCAGUUUGUCGUCAUCAUCAUCCAGAACAGCAGCAACAUCAUCACCCGAUUCAUCCACAUCGUCAUGGUCAUUGCUAACAUCGUCUCCAGGAUCCUUGGGGCUGGACAUGGAAGCAAUGGAGGCAGCCAUGGCAUGUCAG